GCUUUUCUCCAAGUUCAGAUUUGGGUGGAAGGCAAAUCUUCAUGCUAUACCACUUGAACAACCUAGCAAGUGUAGCUUUCGGACCUUCAUGGUGGUUUUUGAGAAAGAAAAAUCUACUAACUCUUAUCAGAUUAUAUCAUCAUUUGAUCAUUCUUCUCUUGAUUGUAAUGAGAAUCAGAGUCGAGGGCUGUUUGAAACACUUGAGGAAGAGAACAAAUUGCGAAGUGAAUGCUCCAAUGGUGUUGAUGUUCUGUACACUCUUGAAGAUCUGCAGCUAGGAGCUAAAGGAGAUUUGAAGGAACUUCUCCCAGGUCGCAGAAUCCAGCUUACUUUGGGUGAAGUGGGAAAUUCYCAUUUCAGUUAUAAAGCUGUGCUUUUGGAUGCUAAACAACAGUAUGAUCCAUUCUUAUAUCACUGUGGUGUUUUUCUUGUGCCUAAGGUCAGUAUGCUUUAUUUUUCCCUAUCUUUAUUGAACGUCCCUUUUGCUUUUCUGCACGAACCAUGCAGUCCAACAAUCUGAUCCAUUCUUGUAUGACUCUGAUCUUGAUAUGGUUUUGAAGCUUCAGUUUGGAAGUAUUAUCUUCAAUUGCUUGGGGCAAGGAUGUAUGGAUUCCUAGAAC